CUACUUCAUAUUUACCAGUUGUUGUGAUACAUUAACCGGUUGAAGUUGUACGAUAUACUUGAUUCGAGUACUUUUAGAAUUUAAUUUAAUAUUCGUCGUUGUGAUCGUCGUGUCAUCGGUUGUUCAAAAAAUAACUAAAAUGAUGUUAACAAAACAGAUUUUACAAAAUGCUAUUAAUCAACAAGCACCUAGAAUUUUUAGCAAGAAAUUCUCAGAUAGUGCAAGUUCAGGAGUAUCCUUCACAUUAUCAGACACAUCUCGUGAACUUCGAGAGCUCGUUAGGAAAUUUGCCAGAGAAGAAAUAAUUCCAAAGGCUGCAGAAUACGAUCGAACUGGUGAAUAUCCAUGGGAUAUUGUAAAGAAAGCUCACGAAAUUGGUAUCCUGAACAGCAGCAUACCUGCCAGUAUCGGUGGCAUGGAAUUAAACGUAUUCGACAGUUGCUUGAUUAGUGAAGAAUUAUCCUACGGUUGCGCCGGAAUCACCACAGCUAUUAAAGCCAAUACACUGGGACAAACUCCUGUUAUAAUUGCGGGAAAUGACGAACAGAAAAAGAAGUACCUUGGACGAUGCAUCGAUGAACCUAUCGUAGCUGCAUACUGCGUCACUGAACCUGGUGCAGGUUCAGAUGUAAAUGGAAUAAGGACAAAAGCCCAGAAAGUAGGUGAUGAGUAUAUUUUAAAUGGACAAAAAAUGUGGAUAACGAAUGGCGGUGUAGCAAGCUGGUACUUCGUUCUCGCUAGAACAGAUCCUGAUCCAAAAGCCCCUGCUGGUAAAGCAUUCACUGCUUUUGUGGUCGAUAGAGAUUCUCCAGGAUUGACUCCAGGAAGAAAGGAAAAAAAUAUGGGCCAACGUGCUUCUGACACACGAGGUAUUACUUUCGAAGAUGUUCGAGUUCCUAAAGAGAAUGUUUUGGGAGCAGAAGGAGCAGGAUUUAAAAUCGCUAUGAGUACUUUCGAUAAAACGAGAACACCUGUUGCUGCUGCUGCGGUUGGAUUAGCUCAAAGGUGUUUAGACGAAGCAACCAAAUAUUCCCUGGAACGUAAAACUUUUGGAGUUCCUAUUGCUCAUCAUCAGGCUAUAGCGUUCCUUUUGGCAGAUAUGGCAAUUGGUGUCGAAAGUGCUCGUUUAGUGUAUUACAAAGCAGCCUUAGAAGUAGACCAAGGAGCUCGUAAUUCAUAUUAUGCUUCGAUUGCCAAAGCUCUUGCUUCGGAUGUUGCGAAUAAAUGUGCUUCGGAUGCUGUACAGGUAUUUGGAGGAAAUGGUUACAAUACGGAAUACCCAGUCGAAAAGCUAAUGAGAGAUGCGAAAAUCUAUCAAAUUUACGAAGGAACGUCUCAAAUUCAAAGAAUGAUCAUUUCAAGAGCUAUAUUAGAUAAAGCAAAAAAUAGCUAAAUUUUUAAUACCUUCCAAAGGUUUUAAUGUUAUUCUUUUUUUUAAAAAAUUGAGUCAUUUAUUAUAAGAGGAGGUACCUAGGUCCUUAUAAAUAGACUGUGUAUAACUAUUUAUAUUGUACAUUUUUGUUUUUAUUUUCUUUUUCUUUUGGUCAUUAAUGUAUUUUUGAUACCUACUACUUGAAAUAUUAUGAAUUUUUAUUAAAAAUAUUUUCUUUCUUGUUA